AUGCCACCCAUCAUUCAUUCAUUCCCUCGUGAGGGACAAAAAUUUACAGGACUCGCGAUAGGUUGUUGUUGCAACAACAAAUCUGAUUCGGAUCCUUCCACCUUUAUGCCUUUGAUUCAAAUUGUAAGAAGAACCAAUCAGAUGAAUGAUUUGAGUCAUAAAUGUUGUAGUGUUCCAAAUCAUCAUGAAAAACAUCAUUCCGAUGAAGAAGAUCAAACAGUUGUUGUUUCAUUCAUGAAUAUUGAAAUAUUGAAAAAAUUGGAAUUCAAUUUAUUUGAAAUUUCUAUUCAAGAUAUUCAUCCGAAUGAUCAUGAAUUGGAUCAUUCCAUCUCCUCCUCUUCCUCUAUUUACAUUUUGAAAUUUUCAAGAGAUGUCGAGCGAGAAUUUAAAUGUUUCCAACUCAUGUAUUCAAAAUAUGGAUUUGAAUACAUUCCUCAAUUUUACAUGAUUGAAAAUAGAACAUCACAUACAUCCAAGUGGAAAGCCAUCGCCACAAGAAAGUCAAAUUCACCUUUAAAUUUGGAAAAAACUUUAUGUCAUUCCCUCAAUGAGGGUGUCAUGAUGGCAAAAAGAGUGUUCGAAAUUGUUAAAGCCAUGCAUGACUGUCAUUUGGUUCACAACGAUAUCAAACCUGAUAAUUUCCUAAUUGAUUCACAUGACGGGAAAUUGAAAAUUAUUGACUUUGACAUGAGUCUUAUUAUCACAGAUCGAUCCAUGAAACCAUCCAUCUUUUGUGGAGACAGAUUAUAUAGAAGUCCUCACAAAAUGACCCAAUUGCCUGCGAAUGUCAAUGAUGAGACCUAUCGAAAACAUCUUUAUCAAAGUGAUUUAUACAAUUGUGGUCUUGUCAUGGCCCUAUUUAUUCUUGGUCCUCAAAUUCAAUCUUCCCUCAAACAAACAAUUAGAGGAGACAAGCAUUUCUUGCUUCAUCAACUCAUUCCGAGACUGAUGGGAGAGUUGAGAGAGAAUAUCGAUUCACCACCAAUGAGUGCUUACAAUUUUGACCAUGAUCUCUUUCAUACGAUUACGUCACUUUUGAUGAUUUAG